UGCCGCUAGGCGUAAAGACUGCAGACGACAGCAGCACCGUUUUACAUUACAAGCUCAGCUGUCAAAAUAAUUCCGUUUUCGUCUAUUAUUAACAGUUUGCCACUAACUACCGAGAAAAAUAUUUACAGUAUUUACGUUUGAUACAACACAAUGCCCGUUUCUUACGUCGUAAAUCGUAUCAAAGGGUUGAUCUUGAUCAUCCUUAAUAUGUUCAAACGUGUCAUGUGCAUUUUUAAUAAGCGUAGACGUAAACCCAGUGGCGAUGUCAUCAUGGAAAGUGUUAUUACCGAAAGUAGUUCAGAUAGAAGUCGGGAGAAAAUGAUCCCAUGGAAUAGUUGGGACGAAAACAAACCGGUAACGGUGGAAGAUCAUAUAGAACAAUACAGAAAGUCACUUACCAAGUUACGUUCAGCAAGUGAAGAAAUUGCUCACGAACCUGAUUUCUUCAAUGACAUGACACCUGAAAUUAAUACAUCAAAUAGUCUUAAACUUAAUUUCCGUCCUGUAACUAAUCUGCAGCAGCAGCAAAAAGUGACAUUUGACAUUCAAGAAAACUUUGACAGCCUGCUAUUAUCUCCCCCAGGACUUGGUGAUAUUCUUGAUGAGGAUGAAGACCCAAGUUCAACUGGUUGGGAUGCAGAUUCUGAAGACAUUAAUGCUGUGCUGAAACAGCAAAAGAUGGAAGAAAGAAGAAAAAGAUCACUUAGAUCAGGAGAAUAGUUUCCUGCAUUAACAAAAUAUUUGACAAUGGUUUUUGAAUAAAUGUUAACAAUAUUUAA